UGUCGACGUUAACGGGUCUGCAUUUCGCCGUCACCGCGAUCGUCGGCCUCCUCACGUCCGCUCUAGCCGGAAACAGCAGCCGCGUCAGCAGCAGAAGCAGCAGCAGGAGCGGCAGCAACGUAACUGGCAGCGGCGACGGCGGUGGCGACGGUAGCGGAGGAGGAAGAGAAGCAGCGGCGGCGGUGCUGCCUCUGUGGGUGCUCUUAGGGUUCGCGCUGCUGGGGAACGCGAGUCUGGUGGCGACGAAUUUCAGUCUGCUGCUCAACUCGGUGGGGUUCUAUCAGAUCUCCAAGGUCGCCGUCAUCCCACUCGUCUGCCUCUUCGAGUCGCUCGCGUGGCGCCGCGAGAUCGCGCGCGGCGUGUGGGCGUCAAUGGCGGUGGUGAUGGUGGGCGUGGGGCUGUGCACCAACGCCGACAUCACGCUGAAUGUCGUUGGCUUCUGCGUCGCCAGCCUCGCCGUCGUCUGCUCCGCGCUGCACAUGAUGCUUAUUGGCUGGUUGCAGGACCACUACGCCACGUCAUCUUUCGACCUGCUGAGUCAGACUGCUCCCCUGCAGGCGUUCCUGCUGCUGCUGAUCGGCCCGCCGCUCGACUUCUACCUCACCUCGCGCUCGCUGCUCUCCUUCAACUUCUCCCCCGGCGCCCUCCUCUUCCUGCUGCUAUCGGGGCUGCUGGCCGUGGCGUGCAACCUGAGCGUGUAUCUGUGCAUCGGCCGCUUCUCCGCCACCACCUACCAGGUGCUCGGCCACGUCAAGACCGUCCUCGUUAUAGGCAUCGGCGUCGUCUUGUUCCACUCGCCGCUGUCGCGGCACAGCAUGCUGGGCAUGUCGCUGGCCGUGCUGGGCAUGGCCAUGUACGGCCGCGCCACGCAAUGCGCACGCAGUAGCACCAGCAGCAGCGGCAGAACGGGUGAUUCUUGCACUGGUGGUAGCAGCGGCGGUGGUUGGGGCGGUGGAUGGAAGGUCGCCAGUGGGAGCAACUUCGUCAGCAGCAGCCGAGAGAGUACGAGCAUGAGCAGCAGUGGUAGUAAGGAGAUGGGGACAGGGAGGACAGGGUGCAUACCAGGCGGAGUGGCGUGCUGCGAUGAUGGCAUGACGGUGGUGAAGCAUGCAUGGGGCAGGGUGAUGCAUGCAUGGGCGUGGGACGAGGCAGAGCGCUCCUUCGUCCCCGUGGCAGGCAGGACAGCGGCAAGAGGAAUAGGACUGGCAUCAGGGGUGGGAGGAGGAGGCGGCGGGUUGAUGGUGAGAGCGUCAGCAGCAGCGCCUCAGCUGCGGUUGCCACUGCUGGCCAGUGAGACGAGCACGGGGCGGAAGGCAGAGGAGGCGGGGCAACGCAUGAGCAGCAGCACUCGCAGGGAAGGAAGAAGCGCGGCAGAGGGCGAGGUGGUGGAGAGGGAGGGGAUGGUGGAGGAGUACUGGCGGCACGCAGCUGCGUGCAAGGCUGAUGCUCGCACACACCCCAGCGACACUCGGCUCUUGCUGCUCAGCGCCAUGCAAUGGGGGUUGGGGGAUGCGUUGGGAGGUAGAUGGAGAGGAAAGGGUGAAAGGGCAAACUCAGUAAUUACGCUCUUGCCAACCUUCCCUCCCCAAACAAGUCAUCUGAUUAACCUCGACCCAGUUGUCACCAUCAUUCACACUCCGCUGCUACCCUCCCUUGCCCAACCCCUCCCUCUACUCCCUCCACCCCCACACUCCCCCCACCCCCCUCAAUACACCGACCUUCCCUCAAGCAAUGCGCCCCCUGUGCACAUGGCCUCACCUGCCUCGCGGUGCCGCACUCCCCCUCCCUUCCCCUCAAGCGCGCCACAUAUUGCUGUUCCUCCGUGCCUCGCCUCCUCUCCCGCUGCUUCUGCUUCUGCACCUGCCGCUUCGUCUUCCGAACCACGGCACCAGGGCAGACGGGCAGAGGGGGUAGUUGGAGGGGAAGGGCAAGAGCGAGAGUUGGGCCUAGGCGCAGGGGAGUGGCACGAGGUGAGUGAACGCUCAAGGCAGGUCCGAGGAAGACAGAGGAGAAGAUUGGAGUGGCACAGAGGAGAAGACUGGAGUGGCACAGAGGAGAAGAUUGGAGUGGCACAGAGGAGAAGAUUGGAGUGGCACAGAGGAGAAGAUUGGAGUGGCACAGAGGAGAAGAUUGGAGUGGCACUGAGGAGAAGACUGGAGUGGCACAGAGGAGAAGAUUGGAGUGGCACAGAGGAGAAGAUUGGAGUGGCACAGAGGAGAAGAUUGGAGUGGCACAGAGGAGAAGAUUGGAGUGGCACAGAGGAGAAGAUUGGAGUGGCACAGAGGAGAAGAUUGGAGUGGCACAGAGGAGAAGACUGGAGUGGCACAGAGGAGAAGAUUGGAGUGGCACAGAGGAGAAGAUUGGAGUGGCACAGAGGAGAAGAUUGGAGUGGCACAGAGGAGAAGACUGGAGUGGCACAGAGGAGAAGAUUGGAGUGGCACAGAGGAGAAGAUUGGAGUGGCACAGAGGAGAAGAUUGGAGUGGCACAGAGGAGAAGAUUGGAGUGGCACAGAGGAGAAGACUGGAGUGGCACAGAGGAGAAGAUUGGAGUGGCACAGAGGAGAAGAUUGGAGUGGCACAGAGGAGAAGAUUGGAGUGGCACAGAGGAGAAGAUUGGAGUGGCACAGAGGAGAAGAUUGGAGUGGCACAGAGGAGAAGAUUGGAGUGGCACAGAGGAGAAGAUUGGAGUGGCACAGAGGAGAAGAUUGGAGUGGCACAGAGGAGAAGAUUGGAGUGGCACAGAGGAGAAGAUUGGAGUGGCACAGAGGAGAAGAUUGGAGUGGCACAGAGGAGAAGAUUGGAGUGGCACAGAGGAGAAGAUUGGAGUGGCACAGAGGAGAAGAUUGGAGUGGCACAGAGGAGAAGAUUGGAGUGGCACAGAGGAGAAGAUUGGAGUGGCACAGAGGAGAAGAUUGGAGUGGCACAGAGGAGAAGAUUGGAGUGGCACAGAGGAGAAGAUUGGAGUGGCACAGAGGAGAAGACUGGAGUGGCACAGAGGAGAAGAUUGGAGUGGCACAGAGGAGAAGAUUGGAGUGGCACAGAGGAGAAGAUUGGAGUGGCACAGAGGAGAAGAUUGGAGUGGCACAGAGGAGAAGACUGGAGUGGCACAGAGGAGAAGGUUGGAGUGGCACAGAGGAGAAGAUUGGAGUGGCACAGAGGAGAAGAUUGGAGUGGCACAGAGGAGAAGAUUGGAGUGGCACAGAGGAGAAGACUGGAGUGGCACAGAGGAGAAGAUUGGAGUGGCACAGAGGAGAAGAUUGGAGUGGCACAGAGGAGAAGAUUGGAGUGGCACAGAGGAGAAGAUUGGAGUGGCACAGAGGAGAAGAUUGGAGUGGCACAGAGGAGAAGAUUGGAGUGGCACAGAGGAGAAGAUUGGAGUGGCACAGAGGAGAAGAUUGGAGUGGCACAGAGGAGAAGAUUGGAGUGGCACAGAGGAGAAGAUUGGAGUGGCACAGAGGAGAAGAUUGGAGUGGCACAGAGGAGAAGAUUGGAGUGGCACAGAGGAGAAGACUGGAGUGGCACAGAGGAGAAGAUUGGAGUGGCACAGAGGAGAAGAUUGGAGUGGCACAGAGGAGAAGAUUGGAGUGGCACAGAGGAGAAGAUUGGAGUGGCACAGAGGAGAAGACUGGAGUGGCACAGAGGAGAAGAUUGGAGUGGCACAGAGGAGAAGAUUGGAGUGGCACAGAGGAGAAGAUUGGAGUGGCACAGAGGAGAAGAUUGGAGUGGCACAGAGGAGAAGACUGGAGUGGCACAGAGGAGAAGAUUGGAGUGGCACAGAGGAGAAGACUGGAGUGGCACAGAGGAGAAGUCUGGAGUGGCACAGAGGAGAAGAUUGGAGUGGCACAGAGGAGAAGAUUGGAGUGGCACAGAGGAGAAGAUUGGAGUGGCACAGAGGAGAAGAUUGGAGUGGCACAGAGGAGAAGAUUGGAGUGGCACAGAGGAGAAGAUUGGAGUGGCACAGAGGAGAAGAUUGGAGUGGCACAGAGGAGAAGAUUGGAGUGGCACAGAGGAGAAGAUUGGAGUGGCACAGAGGAGAAGAUUGGAGUGGCACAGAGGAGAAGAUUGGAGUGGCACAGAGGAGAAGAUUGGAGUGGCACAGAGGAGAAGAUUGGAGUGGCACAGAGGAGAAGAUUGGAGUGGCACAGAGGAGAAGAUUGGAGUGGCACAGAGGAGAAGACUGGAGUGGCACAGAGGAGAAGAUUGGAGUGGCACAGAGGAGAAGAUUGGAGUGGCACAGAGGAGAAGACUGGAGUGGCACAGAGGAGAAGACUGGAGUGGCACAGAGGAGAAGACUGGAGUGGCACAGAGGAGAAGAUUGGAGUGGCACAGAGGAGAAGAUUGGAGUGGCACAGAGGAGAAGAUUGGAGUGGCACAGAGGAGAAGAUUGGAGUGGCACAGAGGAGAAGAUUGGAGUGGCACAGAGGAGAAGAUUGGAGUGGCACAGAGGAGAAGAUUGGAGUGGCACAGAGGAGAAGAUUGGAGUGGCACAGAGGAGAAGAUUGGAGUGGCACAGAGGAGAAGAUUGGAGUGGCACAGAGGAGAAGAUUGGAGUGGCACAGAGGAGAAGAUUGGAGUGGCACAGAGGAGAAGAUUGGAGUGGCACAGAGGAGAAGACUGGAGUGGCACAGAGGAGAAGAUUGGAGUGGCACAGAGGAGAAGAUUGGAGUGGCACAGAGGAGAAGACUGGAGUGGCACAGAGGAGAAGAUUGGAGUGGCACAGAGGAGAAGAUUGGAGUGGCACAGAGGAGAAGACUGGAGUGGCACAGAGGAGAAGAUUGGAGUGGCACAGAGGAGAAGAUUGGAGUGGCACAGAGGAGAAGAUUGGAGUGGCACAGAGGAGAAGAUUGGAGUGGCACAGAGGAGAAGAUUGGAGUGGCACAGAGGAGAAGAUUGGAGUGGCACAGAGGAGAAGAUUGGAGUUGCACAGAGGAGAAGAUUGGAGUGGCACAGAGGAGAAGAUUGGAGUGGCACAGAGGAGAAGAUUGGAGUGGCACAGAGGAGAAGAUUGGAGUGGCACAGAGGAGAAGACUGGAGUGGCACAGAGGAGAAGAUUGGAGUGGCACAGAGGAGAAGAUUGGAGUGGCACAGAGGAGAAGAUUGGAGUGGCACAGAGGAGAAGACUGGAGUGGCACAGAGGAGAAGAUUGGAGUGGCACAGAGGAGAAGAUUGGAGUGGCACAGAGGAGAAGAUUGGAGUGGCACAGAGGAGAAGAUUGGAGUGGCACAGAGGAGAAGAUUGGAGUGGCACAGAGGAGAAGAUUGGAGUGGCACAGAGGAGAAGACUGGAGUGGCACAGAGGAGAAGAUUGGAGUGGCACAGAGGAGAAGAUUGGAGUGGCACAGAGGAGAAGAUUGGAGUGGCACAGAGGAGAAGACUGGAGUGGCACAGAGGAGAAGUCUGGAGUGGCACAGAGGAGAAGAUUGGAGUGGCACAGAGGAGAAGAUUGGAGUGGCACAGAGGAGAAGAUUGGAGUGGCACAGUGGAGAAGACUGGAGUGGCACAGAGGAGAAGAUUGGAGUGGCACAGAGGAGAAGAUUGGAGUGGCACAGAGGAGAAGAUUGGAGUGGCACAGAGGAGAAGAUUGGAGUGGCACAGAGGAGAAGACUGGAGUGGCACAGAGGAGAAGAUUGGAGUGGCACAGAGGAGAAGAUUGGAGUGGCACAGAGGAGAAGAUUGGAGUGGCACAGAGGAGAAGAUUGGAGUGGCACAGAGGAGAAGAUUGGAGUGGCACAGAGGAGAAGAUUGGAGUGGCACAGAGGAGAAGAUUGGAGUGGCACAGAGGAGAAGAUUGGAGUGGCACAGAGGAGAAGAUUGGAGUGGCACAGAGGAGAAGAUUGGAGUGGCACAGAGGAGAAGAUUGGAGUGGCACAGAGGAGAAGAUUGGAGUGGCACAGAGGAGAAGAUUGGAGUGGCACAGAGGAGAAGAUUGGAGUGGCACAGAGGAGAAGAUUGGAGUGGCACAGAGGAGAAGACUGGAGUGGCACAGAGGAGAAGAUUGGAGUGGCACAGAGGAGAAGAUUGGAGUGGCACAGAGGAGAAGAUUGGAGUGGCACAGAGGAGAAGAUUGGAGUGGCACAGAGGAGAAGAUUGGAGUGGCACAGAGGAGAAGAUUGGAGUGGCACAGAGGAGAAGACUGGAGUGGCACAGAGGAGAAGAUUGGAGUGGCACAGAGGAGAAGAUUGGAGUGGCACAGAGGAGAAGAUUGGAGUGGCACAGAGGAGAAGAUUGGAGUGGCACAGAGGAGAAGACUGGAGUGGCACAGAGGAGAAGAUUGGAGUGGCACAGAGGAGAAGAUUGGAGUGGCACAGAGGAGAAGACUGGAGUGGCACAGAGGAGAAGAUUGGAGUGGCACAGAGGAGAAGAUUGGAGUGGCACAGAGGAGAAGAUUGGAGUGGCACAGAGGAGAAGACUGGAGUGGCACAGAGGAGAAGUCUGGAGUGGCACAGAGGAGAAGAUUGGAGUGGCACAGAGGAGAAGAUUGGAGUGGCACAGAGGAGAAGAUUGGAGUGGCACAGAGGAGAAGACUGGAGUGGCACAGAGGAGAAGAUUGGAGUGGCACAGAGGAGAAGAUUGGAGUGGCACAGAGGAGAAGAUUGGAGUGGCACAGAGGAGAAGAUUGGAGUGGCACAGAGGAGAAGACUGGAGUGGCACAGAGGAGAAGAUUGGAGUGGCACAGAGGAGAAGAUUGGAGUGGCACAGAGGAGAAGAUUGGAGUGGCACAGAGGAGAAGAUUGGAGUGGCACAGAGGAGAAGAUUGGAGUGGCACAGAGGAGAAGAUUGGAGUGGCACAGAGGAGAAGAUUGGAGUGGCACAGAGGAGAAGAUUGGAGUGGCACAGAGGAGAAGAUUGGAGUGGCACAGAGGAGAAGAUUGGAGUGGCACAGAGGAGAAGAUUGGAGUGGCACAGAGGAGAAGAUUGGAGUGGCACAGAGGAGAAGAUUGGAGUGGCACAGAGGAGAAGAUUGGAGUGGCACAGAGGAGAAGAUUGGAGUGGCACAGAGGAGAAGACUGGAGUGGCACAGAGGAGAAGAUUGGAGUGGCACAGAGGAGAAGAUUGGAGUGGCACAGAGGAGAAGAUUGGAGUGGCACAGAGGAGAAGAUUGGAGUGGCACAGAGGAGAAGAUUGGAGUGGCACAGAGGAGAAGAUUGGAGUGGCACAGAGGAGAAGAUUGGAGUGGCACAGAGGAGAAGAUUGGAGUGGCACAGAGGAGAAGAUUGGAGUGGCACAGAGGAGAAGACUGGAGUGGCACAGAGGAGAAGAUUGGAGUGGCACAGAGGAGAAGAUUGGAGUGGCACAGAGGAGAAGAUUGGAGUGGCACAGAGGAGAAGAUUGGAGUGGCACAGAGGAGAAGAUUGGAGUGGCACAGAGGAGAAGAUUGGAGUGGCACAGAGGAGAAGAUUGGAGUGGCACAGAGGAGAAGAUUGGAGUGGCACAGAGGAGAAGAUUGGAGUGGCACAGAGGAGAAGAUUGGAGUGGCACAGAGGAGAAGAUUGGAGUGGCACAGAGGAGAAGAUUGGAGUGGCACAGAGGAGAAGAUUGGAGUGGCACAGAGGAGAAGAUUGGAGUGGCACAGAGGAGAAGAUUGGAGUGGCACAGAGGAGAAGAUUGGAGUGGCACAGAGGAGAAGAUUGGAGUGGCACCGAGGAGAAGACUGGAGUGGCACAGAGGAGAAGAUUGGAGUGGCACAGAGGAGAAGAUUGGAGUGGCACAGAGGAGAAGACUGGAGUGGCACAGAGGAGAAGAUUGGAGUGGCACAGAGGAGAAGAUUGGAGUGGCACAGAGGAGAAGACUGGAGUGGCACAGAGGAGAAGAUUGGAGUGGCACAGAGGAGAAGAUUGGAGUGGCACAGAGGAGAAGAUUGGAGUGGCACAGAGGAGAAGAUUGGAGUGGCACAGAGGAGAAGAUUGGAGUGGCACAGAGGAGAAGAUUGGAGUGGCACAGAGGAGAAGAUUGGAGUGGCACAGAGGAGAAGAUUGGAGUGGCACAGAGGAGAAGAUUGGAGUGGCACAGAGGAGAAGAUUGGAGUGGCACAGAGGAGAAGAUUGGAGUGGCACAGAGGAGAAGACUGGAGUGGCACAGAGGAGAAGAUUGGAGUGGCACAGAGGAGAAGAUUGGAGUGGCACAGAGGAGAAGAUUGGAGUGGCACAGAGGAGAAGACUGGAGUGGCACAGAGGAGAAGAUUGGAGUGGCACAGAGGAGAAGAUUGGAGUGGCACAGAGGAGAAGAUUGGAGUGGCACAGAGGAGAAGAUUGGAGUGGCACAGAGGAGAAGAUUGGAGUGGCACAGAGGAGAAGAUUGGAGUGGCACAGAGGAGAAGACUGGAGUGGCACAGAGGAGAAGAUUGGAGUGGCACAGAGGAGAAGAUUGGAGUGGCACAGAGGAGAAGAUUGGAGUGGCACAGAGGAGAAGACUGGAGUGGCACAGAGGAGAAGUCUGGAGUGGCACAGAGGAGAAGAUUGGAGUGGCACAGAGGAGAAGAUUGGAGUGGCACAGAGGAGAAGAUUGGAGUGGCACAGUGGAGAAGACUGGAGUGGCACAGAGGAGAAGAUUGGAGUGGCACAGAGGAGAAGAUUGGAGUGGCACAGAGGAGAAGAUUGGAGUGGCACAGAGGAGAAGAUUGGAGUGGCACAGAGGAGAAGACUGGAGUGGCACAGAGGAGAAGAUUGGAGUGGCACAGAGGAGAAGAUUGGAGUGGCACAGAGGAGAAGAUUGGAGUGGCACAGAGGAGAAGAUUGGAGUGGCACAGAGGAGAAGAUUGGAGUGGCACAGAGGAGAAGAUUGGAGUGGCACAGAGGAGAAGAUUGGAGUGGCACAGAGGAGAAGAUUGGAGUGGCACAGAGGAGAAGAUUGGAGUGGCACAGAGGAGAAGAUUGGAGUGGCACAGAGGAGAAGAUUGGAGUGGCACAGAGGAGAAGAUUGGAGUGGCACAGAGGAGAAGAUUGGAGUGGCACAGAGGAGAAGAUUGGAGUGGCACAGAGGAGAAGAUUGGAGUGGCACAGAGGAGAAGAUUGGAGUGGCACAGAGGAGAAGACUGGAGUGGCACAGAGGAGAAGAUUGGAGUGGCACAGAGGAGAAGAUUGGAGUGGCACAGAGGAGAAGAUUGGAGUGGCACAGAGGAGAAGAUUGGAGUGGCACAGAGGAGAAGAUUGGAGUGGCACAGAGGAGAAGAUUGGAGUGGCACAGAGGAGAAGACUGGAGUGGCACAGAGGAGAAGAUUGGAGUGGCACAGAGGAGAAGAUUGGAGUGGCACAGAGGAGAAGAUUGGAGUGGCACAGAGGAGAAGAUUGGAGUGGCACAGAGGAGAAGACUGGAGUGGCACAGAGGAGAAGAUUGGAGUGGCACAGAGGAGAAGAUUGGAGUGGCACAGAGGAGAAGACUGGAGUGGCACAGAGGAGAAGAUUGGAGUGGCACAGAGGAGAAGAUUGGAGUGGCACAGAGGAGAAGAUUGGAGUGGCACAGAGGAGAAGACUGGAGUGGCACAGAGGAGAAGUCUGGAGUGGCACAGAGGAGAAGAUUGGAGUGGCACAGAGGAGAAGAUUGGAGUGGCACAGAGGAGAAGAUUGGAGUGGCACAGAGGAGAAGACUGGAGUGGCACAGAGGAGAAGAUUGGAGUGGCACAGAGGAGAAGAUUGGAGUGGCACAGAGGAGAAGAUUGGAGUGGCACAGAGGAGAAGAUUGGAGUGGCACAGAGGAGAAGACUGGAGUGGCACAGAGGAGAAGAUUGGAGUGGCACAGAGGAGAAGAUUGGAGUGGCACAGAGGAGAAGAUUGGAGUGGCACAGAGGAGAAGAUUGGAGUGGCACAGAGGAGAAGAUUGGAGUGGCACAGAGGAGAAGAUUGGAGUGGCACAGAGGAGAAGAUUGGAGUGGCACAGAGGAGAAGAUUGGAGUGGCACAGAGGAGAAGAUUGGAGUGGCACAGAGGAGAAGAUUGGAGUGGCACAGAGGAGAAGAUUGGAGUGGCACAGAGGAGAAGAUUGGAGUGGCACAGAGGAGAAGAUUGGAGUGGCACAGAGGAGAAGAUUGGAGUGGCACAGAGGAGAAGAUUGGAGUGGCACAGAGGAGAAGAUUGGAGUGGCACAGAGGAGAAGACUGGAGUGGCACAGAGGAGAAGAUUGGAGUGGCACAGAGGAGAAGAUUGGAGUGGCACAGAGGAGAAGAUUGGAGUGGCACAGAGGAGAAGAUUGGAGUGGCACAGAGGAGAAGAUUGGAGUGGCACAGAGGAGAAGAUUGGAGUGGCACAGAGGAGAAGAUUGGAGUGGCACAGAGGAGAAGAUUGGAGUGGCACAGAGGAGAAGAUUGGAGUGGCACAGAGGAGAAGAUUGGAGUGGCACAGAGGAGAAGAUUGGAGUGGCACAGAGGAGAAGAUUGGAGUGGCACAGAGGAGAAGAUUGGAGUGGCACAGAGGAGAAGACUGGAGUGGCACAGAGGAGAAGAUUGGAGUGGCACAGAGGAGAAGAUUGGAGUGGCACAGAGGAGAAGAUUGGAGUGGCACAGAGGAGAAGAUUGGAGUGGCACAGAGGAGAAGACUGGAGUGGCACAGAGGAGAAGAUUGGAGUGGCACAGAGGAGAAGAUUGGAGUGGCACAGAGGAGAAGAUUGGAGUGGCACAGAGGAGAAGAUUGGAGUGGCACAGAGGAGAAGAUUGGAGUGGCACAGAGGAGAAGAUUGGAGUGGCACAGAGGAGAAGACUGGAGUGGCACAGAGGAGAAGAUUGGAGUGGCACAGAGGAGAAGAUUGGAGUGGCACAGAGGAGAAGAUUGGAGUGGCACAGAGGAGAAGAUUGGAGUGGCACAGAGGAGAAGACUGGAGUGGCACAGAGGAGAAGAUUGGAGUGGCACAGAGGAGAAGAUUGGAGUGGCACAGAGGAGAAGAUUGGAGUGGCACAGAGGAGAAGAUUGGAGUGGCACAGAGGAGAAGAUUGGAGUGGCACAGAGGAGAAGAUUGGAGUGGCACAGAGGAGAAGAUUGGAGUGGCACAGAGGAGAAGAUUGGAGUGGCACAGAGGAGAAGAUUGGAGUGGCACAGAGGAGAAGAUUGGAGUGGCACAGAGGAGAAGAUUGGAGUGGCACAGAGGAGAAGAUUGGAGUGGCACAGAGGAGAAGAUUGGAGUGGCACAGAGGAGAAGAUUGGAGUGGCACAGAGGAGAAGAUUGGAGUGGCACAGAGGAGAAGAUUGGAGUGGCACAGAGGAGAAGAUUGGAGUGGCACAGAGGAGAAGAUUGGAGUGGCACAGAGGAGAAGAUUGGAGUGGCACAGAGGAGAAGACUGGAGUGGCACAGAGGAGAAGAUUGGAGUGGCACAGAGGAGAAGAUUGGAGUGGCACAGAGGAGAAGAUUGGAGUGGCACAGAGGAGAAGACUGGAGUGGCACAGAGGAGAAGAUUGGAGUGGCACAGAGGAGAAGAUUGGAGUGGCACAGAGGAGAAGAUUGGAGUGGCACAGAGGAGAAGAUUGGAGUGGCACAGAGGAGAAGAUUGGAGUGGCACAGAGGAGAAGAUUGGAGUGGCACAGAGGAGAAGAUUGGAGUGGCACAGAGGGCACGCACAUGGUGCACCCAUGCACAUUUCUAA